CGUAAGCAGCAGGCGCCGAGUCCUGAGCGGCUGCCACUCAUCCAGGCAGGGGUGGAUGACGCAGAAGCCCCCAUGGAGCUUGCAGAUGGCGCCGAGCUGGCCACAGCUGCUGAGGCAGCGGCAGCUGCUGACCCUGUUGCUCCUGACGCGGAAAUGGAGGCUGUCGUGGAUCCUGCUUUGGAGGUAGACUAUGACGCCGCAGAGCCUGCACCCAAGAAACCCCGGCUGUCGUCUCCUAGCAAGGACCGCACAGCCCCUGCUGCUGCUGCUGCUGCUGCUGCUGCUGCUGCUGUGGCGGCGGGUAUCAACACUCCUGCUGCACGGCGGGUGGCGAAUGGGGGCCCCCAAACCUGCAACGCCUCGACUUCUCCAUUGCAGCUGUUUGCUGCCGCUGCUUCUGCUGGUGACGGAUCCGCCUCAGGCGUGCUUGGUGGCGCGGGCACAAGCCCAGCAGGGCUAGCGCCACCUGCAUCAGCCACCGCUGCAGACCUGGUGCAGCACCAAAGCUGCUGCACGCAGCCCUCUGCUGCUGCUGCCGCUGCUGCUGCUGCUGCUGCUGAUGUGGCUACCAGCGGGUCCCCAGCAGGCGUGCCAAUGGGGCGGUCUCCGCCGCUGAGCACGGCAGGAGUUGUCCCCUCCCUGGCUCCAGCCUCCUCUCCACCCGUGCCUACAGAUCUG